AACGCCGAGAACUGUUUGGUUGUUUUGUUCUGUAGUUACGACACACGGACGAAAAAAGCAAAAAAAAAAAAAAAAAAACAAUAACAACAGAGCGACCAUUGAAAAUUUCUUCUUCUCGCAGUCUCUCCUCUGGUUAAAACCUUAGAUACAGGGAGAAGAGCGAGAAAUUUCAUAUUUAUUCAGAUUCUUUCCCCCUCUAAAAACACAGCAAAAGAAAAGGAACUCAAAUUCCGAAGAGAAGAAAUCGAUGGAUUUGGAUCAGUGGAUAGCAAAGGUUAAAGAAGGCCAGCAUCUUUUAGAAGACGAGCUUCAGUUUCUUUGCGAAUACGUAAAAGAAAUCCUCAUUGAGGAGUCAAAUGUGCAACCUGUCAACAGUCCAGUAACAGUCUGUGGUGAUAUCCAUGGCCAGUUUCAUGAUCUAAUGAAACUUUUUCGGACAGGAGGUCAUGUACCGGAGACAAAUUACAUUUUUAUGGGAGAUUUUGUUGAUCGAGGUUAUAAUAGUCUUGAAGUUUUCACUAUUCUUUUGCUUCUUAAGGCAAGGUACCCAGCUAAUAUCACUCUCUUGCGAGGGAAUCAUGAAAGCAGACAACUAACUCAGGUUUAUGGUUUCUAUGAUGAGUGCCAGAGGAAGUAUGGAAAUGCCAAUGCCUGGCGGUAUUGUACAGAUGUUUUUGACUAUCUUACACUUUCAGCAAUUAUAGAUGGGACUGUACUUUGUGUACAUGGUGGCCUUUCUCCUGACAUACGAACAAUUGAUCAGAUAAGGGUAAUUGAGCGGAACUGUGAAAUCCCCCAUGAAGGCCCAUUCUGUGAUCUCAUGUGGAGUGAUCCUGAAGAUAUUGAAACAUGGGCAGUCAGUCCACGUGGAGCAGGUUGGUUAUUUGGCUCCAGGGUCACAUCUGAGUUCAACGUCAUAAAUAAUCUUGAUCUUGUUUGUCGAGCUCACCAACUUGUGCAAGAAGGUCUUAAGUAUAUGUUUCAAGAUAAAGGCCUAGUAACUGUGUGGUCUGCACCAAAUUAUUGUUACCGUUGUGGGAAUGUAGCUUCUAUAUUGAGCUUCAAUGAGAAUAUGGAGAGAGAAGUGAAGUUCUUCACUGAAACAGAUGAGAAUAAUCAGAUGAGAGGGCCCAGGACAGGAGUUCCUUAUUUCUUGUAAUCAAAGGGAAUUACAUACUGCAGUACUUGUAAUAUUAUCCAAGCGUAUGGUUGUUCAAAGGAGGCAUAACGAGGAAGCCUUGAUAAAAUGUUUGCAAGUGGACCUGUCCUGGAAAUUUUGUCUGGUCCAAGCCGGUUCUUCUUCUGGCUAUUAUUGGAUGGUUGCUGUAUGUUGCAACAUGGCUUUUCCUUUAAAUGUCCUCCUUCAUUCCCAUACAUUCUCCAUUAAUAUACGCUAUCUGAUGUUUGGUUAAUGUCUGUUAUGAAUUCUUGGGUUGUGUAUUUGUUUCAUUAUGUAUAUCUUGCUUCAUUAAGUUCUAAAAUUUAUCAUUGUUUUUUUUUUUUUUUUUUUUCUUUCUACUUUCUUCUUCACUUGAAUAUUACGGCGGGUCCAUUGAAAUGAAUAAAACCCAGAGCUGUUCUGCAUGGGGUAGAGAAGUAC